AUGAACAACAGCUACAGCGAAUUAGAGCCUGUUUCGGGCGUUCUAGUCGUCGCGGUGGCAGACCAAAAUCCCCGACGUCAGCUAUAUACCCCAUCCACCUCCGACAACCCAUCCACUCCAUCCACUCCAGCCACUCCGCAACCCCCCGAACCUUCUCCCAACACCGACCUCUCAGCAGCAAACAUCGUUCCCCCCACCACUUCCCCGCAGAACCCAGAGAUUCAGACGUCGCCCUCGAGCAACCAGCCCCCAAGCCACUCCGGUCUUCCAGAUCCCUCCCUUCGACAACCCCGUCAGCUCCUGGGAAGAAGACAGCGAGCGGCCUUUGACGACGAAGCAGGAGUGGAGGCUGGAGCUUCUACGAGCUCCGCCGCCGCGAAUCCUUCCACCUCUGAGCACCGCCCCAAACGCAGACGCGCCACGAGAAUGCUAGCAGACACCGAUGGCCAGGAGUCCUCGAACGGGGCCGCCCCGGUGGUAUCAAACGGUUCCCUGGACCCACAAGCCCCGGCCACGGCCUCGAAUGGCACGCACAAGACCAUUUCCGACUCGCUGAACGGCUCUUCGCAGAACGGGAAGGAACCGGAGAGGCCGCGGCCUACAACGUAUCUGGGCCAUGACAGGGGAGAGGUUACUCGGCUAUUGAUACAGGCCCUGGCCGAUAUGGGCUAUCACUCAGCGGCAGAAAGUGUGAGCCUCGAUAGUGGCUUCAAGCUGGAGAGCCACACGGUGGCAGCGUUCCGAAAGGCGGUUCUCGAGGGAUCCUGGGCGCGAGCCGAGGAGCUGCUGGCAAGCGCGGACCCGGUCGGAGAGCGGCAGCAAACCGGCGACGGCCUGCUGCUUUCCCCGGGCGCCGAUCGCAACCUCAUGCGGUUCUGGUUGAGGCAGCAGAAGUUUCUGGAGCUGCUCGAGCAGCGGGAGACGGCGCGGGCGCUCUUGGUGCUGCGCAAUGAGUUGACGCCGCUCUGCCAGGAACAUCAGAAGCUCCAUUUCCUCUCCAGCCUCCUCAUGUGUCAGUCUACCGAGGACCUUAAGACCAAGGCUGAAUGGGACGGAGCAUACGGCCGGUCGCGGCAGACGCUGUUGUCAGAACUCUCGAGAUGCAUCUCGCCAUCGGUUAUGCUUCCGGAGCAUCGGCUUGCAGUUCUGCUCCAGCAGGUCAAGGAAGGUCAAAUUAGUAACUGUUUAUACCACACCAGUGCGGAACCGCCGUCGCUGUAUUCCGACCACAGCUGUGACCGAAGUCACUUUCCAUCAGAAGCUAUUGUCGAGCUGGACAAGCAUUCGGGCGAGGUGUGGCAGGUAUUGUUUUCUCAUGAUGGCACCCGAAUGGCAAGUUGUGGCACGGACCGUUUUGUCAUUAUCUGGGAUGUGCCGUCGUUCGAGGUCCUUCACCGGCUGGAUGGGCACGAUGGCGGCGUGGGUAAUAUUGCAUGGAGUCCCGACGACACCAUGAUCGACGGAACCUUUAUCAGAUCGUCGGAGCGAUUCGACGAGCCAGUAAGCAGCUGUGUCUGGGCUGCCGACUGCCGUUCCUUCAUCACCGGUUCCUUCGACAAGGACAGGGCUAUCUGUCAAUGGAAUCUCGAGGGGCAGAAGCUCUUUACCUGGACCAAAAAACACAGGACAGAAGAUUUGGCCGUCUCCCCUGACGGCCAAUGGCUAGUUGCGAUGGAUGAGCAGUGCCGCGUCCACGUCUACAAUUUCGUUACGCGCGAUCUCGAAUACGAAAUGGAGCUCAAGGCCCGGCCGACAUCCGUCAGCAUUAGCCAGGAUUCCAGAUUCCUCCUCGUUAACCAAGUUGAUGGAGAGGCACAGCUGAUCGAGAUUGCAAGCCGGGACCCCGUACAGAAAUACACCGGGCACACGGGGGGCGAGUAUCUCAUCCGCAGCGCCUUCGGUGGCGCAAACGAAAGUUUUGUAAUCAGUGGCAGCGAAGAUGGUCACCUUUCUGUGUGGCACAAAUCUACGGGGAUCCCGGUGCAGAUGCUCGCUGCACACCUUCCCAGGUGUAAUGCCGUAUGCUGGAAUCCCACCGACCCUUGCAUGAUCGCAUCUUGCGGAGACGACGGCAAGAUAAAGAUACUACAACAGAACCGCGAGUGGCGGCAGAAAACCGGCACUAUGACGGCCGACAAUCCAGCAUCGGGGUCGCUGGUCACCCCGGGAGGCAUCUCGGAUCCCGCACUCAUCAAGCUCGUCAACAAGCUCCAAGACGUCUUCGCAACCGUUGGAGUCAACAACCCUAUUGAUCUCCCCCAGAUCGCCGUCGUCGGCAGUCAGUCGAGCGGCAAGAGCUCCGUGCUAGAGAACAUCGUCGGUAGAGACUUUUUGCCACGAGGAUCGGGCAUCGUAACAAGGCGGCCGCUCGUACUCCAGCUCAUCAACCGGCCUGCGACAUCCGAGCCCAACGGCGUCGACAAGGAUUUUGCGAACAGCACCGAUAAAGGCACGAGCAGCACCGACAAGGGCGCGAACGCCGAUGAAUGGGGCGAGUUCCUGCACAUCCCGGGCCAGAAGUUCUUCGACUUCCACAAGAUUCGAGAUGAGAUUAGCAGGGAGACAGAGGCGAAGGUUGGCCGCAAUAUGGGCAUCUCUCCCGCCCCCAUCAACCUCCGAAUUUACUCGCCGAACGUCCUGACCUUGACUCUCGUCGAUCUUCCCGGCCUGACGAAGGUGCCAGUUGGUGACCAGCCGCGGGAUAUCGAAAGGCAAAUCAAGGAUAUGGUGUUGAAGUACAUUCAAAAAUCGAACGCUAUCAUCCUAGCCGUCACCGCCGCGAACAUUGACUUGGCGAACUCGGACGGUCUGAAGUUGGCGCGAGAGGUUGACCCUGAGGGCCAGCGGACGAUCGGUGUCCUGACAAAGGUUGAUCUCAUGGACGACGGCACUGAUGUGGUCGAUAUUCUCGCGGGGCGCAUCAUCCCCCUGAGGCUGGGAUACGUGCCGGUCGUGAACCGUGGCCAGCGCGAUAUCGACAACAGGAAGCCGAUCAACCUGGCGCUCGAGGGGGAGAAGAACUUCUUUGAGAACCAUAAAGCCUACCGGAACAAGAGCUCAUACUGCGGCACUCCCUAUCUGGCACGGAAGCUCAACUUGAUCCUGAUGAUGCAUAUCAAGCAAACAUUGCCAGAUAUCAAGGGCCGUAUCUCCAGCUCCCUCCAGAAGUAUUCCGUCGAGUUGGAUAGCCUAGGGCCGUCGCUGCUCGGCAACAGUGCCAACAUAGUCUUGAACAUCAUUACCGAGUUCACUAACGAGUGGCGGACGGUCUUGGACGGCAACAACACCGAAUUGUCGAGUACGGAGCUGUCAGGAGGCGCCAGAAUCAGCUUUGUGUUCCACGAGCUGUACUCGAAUGGCGUCAAGGCGGUAGAUCCUUUCGAUCAGGUCAAGGAUGUCGAUAUCCGAACCAUACUCUACAACUCGUCUGGUUCCUCUCCCGCCCUCUUCGUUGGCACCACCGCUUUCGAACUCAUCGUCAAGCAACAAAUCAAGCGGCUCGAAGAGCCCAGCUUGAAGUGUGUCUCGCUCGUCUACGACGAGUUGGUCCGUAUCCUCACCCAGCUCCUUGGCAAGCACCUGUACCGCCGGUACCCACAGCUCAAGGAGAAGAUCCACGGGGUAGUGAUUUCCUUCUUCAAGAAGGCCAUGGAGCCCACCAACAAGCUCGUUCGAGAUCUUGUUGCCAUGGAGGCCUGCUAUAUUAACACUGGCCACCCCGAUUUCCUCAACGGGCAUCGUGCCAUGGCCAUAGUCAACGAGAAACAUAACCCGCCAAAGCCGAUCCAGGUCGACCCCAAGACGGGCAAGCCCCUUGCGUCGCCUGUGCGAGCAGUCAGCCCCACGCUGACCGCCGAGGGCAAUCUCGGAGAGCCUAACGGCGGCUUCUUCGGCAGCUUCUUCGCUGCAAAGAACAAGAAGAAGGCAGCCGCUAUGGAUGCGCCACCGCCCACCCUCAAAGCUUCCGGAACUCUCUCCGAGCGCGAAGGGGUUGAGGUCGAGGUUAUCAAGCUGCUCAUCCAAUCAUACUACAACAUCGUCAAGAGAACCAUGAUCGACAUGGUGCCAAAGGCGAUCAUGCUUACCCUUGUCCAGUUCACAAAGGACGAGAUGCAGAGGGAACUCCUGGAGAACAUGUACCGGACGAACGAGCUCGACGACCUCCUCAAGGAGAGCGACUACACCAUCCGCCGGAGGAAAGAGUGCCAGCAAAUGGUCGAAUCCCUGUCCAAAGCCAGCGAGAUUGUCAGCCAAGUCCAGUAG